AUGGCAGACGGUAUAGACGAUUUAAAUGAUACUAAGACCAUUUCAUGUGAAGGCUGUGGCUCCAAAAUACAAUCAAAACUAUCAUGUCCUCAAUGCAAAAAGUUAGGACUAAAAACAUCUUAUUUUUGUUCCCAAGCCUGUUUUAAAGAAAACUGGGCCAUUCAUAAACUAAAACAUCAAUUAGGAGGAAGUGGUAAAGAGCUGACCAAAGUUUCGUCUGAUUUGGUUAAAAAUAACGUAAUACUUGAUGAUCCUAGAACGUGGGUCAAUUGUCCACAUAUUUCGAAAUUUAUGGGCUUUAAUGGCUUUACAGGCCCAUUAAGACCUUACCCAAUAAGCAGCAGACGAAAAGUUCCAGACCAUAUUUUGAAGCCAGAUUAUGCAGAUGACAAAGAAGGUAGGCCAUUUUCCGAAUUGAAAAGAAAAAAGAGUUCAAGUAUUAUUGCAGCAACUCCUGAAGAAAUUGAACUUCUAAGGGAGUGUUGCAAAAUUGGAAGAGAAGCUCUUGAUAUUGCCGCUUCCAUGAUAAAGCCUGGAGUAACAACUGAAGCUAUUGAUGAGGCUGUACAUAAUUUUAUAAUUUCUAGAAAUGCCUAUCCUUCUCCACUGAAUUACUGGGAGUUCCCAAAAUCAUGCUGUACUUCUGUUAAUGAGGUGAUAUGCCAUGGGAUACCUGAUUUCAGACCAUUAGAAGAAGGAGAUAUUGUAAACGUUGAUAUUUCUGUAUAUUAUAAAGGAGUACAUGGAGAUCUAAAUGAAACCUUUCCGGUCGGGAAAGUUGACAAAAAAUCAAUGAAAUUAAUGAAAAUUGCAUAUCAAUGCUUGGAAGAAAGCAUCAAGAUUUGCAAGCCUGGGACUAUGUACAGAGAAAUAGGCAAUUUAAUUCAGUCAAUUUGUGACAAGCAUGGCUUUUCCGUCGUCAAAACUUAUUGUGGGCAUGGGGUUGGAACUCUAUUUCAUUGUGCUCCUAAUGUUCCUCAUUAUAAAAAUAAUAAGGCUGUUGGAACAAUGAAACCUGGCCAUGUAUUUACUAUUGAACCCAUGAUUAAUGCAGGUAGAUUUGAAGAUAUAACUUGGCCAGAUGACUGGACAUCAACAACAUUAGAUGGAGAAAGAUCUGCUCAAUUUGAGCAUACAUUGUUAGUUACUGAAACUGGAGUUGAAGUUCUAACUAAAAGAACGGAGAGUUCUCCCAAACUUGAAAUCUUAUCUGAAAUAGAAUAUUAA